AUCAGUAGGUCGGCCGUUGAUGAUGACUGGUCGUCGAGGUAUAAACAAAUUUCCGGAGGAGCGCAAGGUGGGCCUAUCCCGUGUAGUCGGGGGCGGGAUCAGGGCGGCGGCGACGAAGCAACGGCGCAAAGCACACGCGAUGAGAGACGGGAAGAGCGAGAGAGAGAGAGAGGCAGGUCGAGGAGCGGUGCCGUCCCCGAAAACUCAUUCCGCCGCCGUCGGGAAUAGAGGCAGCACCGACACACACACCUCACUUCCACGCACUUACGUCUAUGUCUGCUGCAUACGUACACAUAUAUAUAUAUAGAAGAGAGAUUUAGAGGUGGUGGUUAGAAUAUAACGCGUGUUCGUUCCGAACGGAGACACUCACUUGUCCUGCCGUCGAGACACGCGAAAAAACGAAGAGGAUUUUCAGUGGAUUUUAUUUACUUUUGUACUUGGAGGAGAGAGUGGUGACUUUGUGUGUGAGAUCGUCGUCGUCGUCGUCAAAAUGCAGACAUUGGGGGCGCGCGACUCCAGGAUGGAGAACUGCAACAAUCAGGACGAUCAUUUGGCUGAGGAGUACGUGCAGGAGUUCGUGUUGGAUCACCUGGAGGACGUGACCGUGAAGCGCGAGGAGAAACACAGGGUGGCCGUGGCGAACGCAGCGGCGGAAGCCGAAUGGUUGGCAUCGCAGGAGGACUCUUCGGAUCCGAGGAGUAUGUGCAGACCGUGGCCGGACGAACGAAGAUUGCCGCCUCUGUCGCCGCCGCCGGACACCAUCUACAGCGGCAGUCAGCAACCGGUGCUCGUCAACAUGACCCUGGUUAACGGUGAUCCCGGCACGCCGCCGGACACGCCGCCCAGCCAAUCACCAGGUCCGUGCGUCGGCCGCCCAGUCGGCGGACCGCUCAUGGAGGAGAUGUGGUUCCCGCAGAUGCGUGACCCACAACCCUUAGAUCUUCGCCCUCUUCACUGCAUGGGAGGCGAACCGGACUGGGAGAGACGCGAGUACAUACCCUCCGGCAUGUUCAUGGACAACCCCAAUCACCACAUGCUCCAUCAGAGACCGCAAUCGGUGUGCUCGGGGGCGAGCGCCCUUUCGCCCCGCAUGAACCACGGCACCUCCGGCUACUCCACCUGCAGCGAAGACAUCAGUUUGAACGACGAGAUGCUGAUGACGCUUUCCGUGCGCGAGCUCAACAAACGUCUGCACGGCUGCCCGCGCGAAGAAGUCGUCCGUCUGAAGCAGAAGCGUCGCACCCUGAAGAACCGCGGCUACGCCCAGAACUGUCGCUCGAAGAGGCUGCAGCAGCGCCAGGACCUGGAGACGACGAACCGAAGUCUGCAGAACGAGCUGCAUCGCAUCAAGAUGGAGUUGGCGCGCGUCUCCCAAGAACGGGACCUCCUCAAGCAACGUCUCCAGCUGGGCAGAGGACAUCCACCGCCGCCUCCGACAUCCUCUCAGCUGCACAGCCUCAACUCUGACGGUCAGAGCUCCCCCGAGUUCUACCUAUGACAUCCAUUCCCUGGUCGAAGGAUCUAGUGCUUCGAGUCCAGGACUUCUCCAUCAUCAUCAUCAUCAUCCCACACCAUCAAUCGUGAUGCGAAAAAGACACUUUUUUCCAACUCCGCUUCCAUCCUGUGCGUCGCCGCCUCCACAAAACUCAAGCGCGCACACGACGGAACCGGAGACCAGAACAAUUCCUUCUAGCAACUAAGAGAGAGACUGUUAUCGAUUUUUCUGUUAAGUUAUUCAAAUAUAUAUUGAAAAAAAUUAAGAAAACA